AUGUCAUCAAAUGAAGGCCCCUCGGCGUCAGGGCCAGUUCUGGUCAACGGUCCUCCAUCACAGUCAACAACACAAUCACAACCACCCUCCCAACGAUCCUCAAUAGCUUCCAAACCGCCAUCCUCCAAGCCAUCCUCCUCUAAACCUCCAUCUCGAGCCUUGUCCCAGCUAUCCUCUACGCUACCUCACUCCUCCCUCCCCCAUUCCCCCGAAACCCAGCGCCAAAUCCAUGAAUCCCGCACCGCGCUCCUCGCGCAAAUGACCUCGAUAGGCCAAACCGCGACGCACGAAAUGCAAGCCAGAGCCGUGGAUCUACAUGGCAACACGAAGGUCAUCGAGAAGCAGGAGAAGAUGCUUGCGACGGGCGUGAAGGGACUCGCGAAGGAGCGUGAGAAACUCGAUAAGGUGGUUAAAGAGGGGGCGAGGGUUGUGAAGGAGCUGGGGAAUGUGCAGAAUUGGGCGGAGGUGCUGGAGAGGGAUUUUUUGGUGCUGGGGGAGACUAUUCGGUUGGCUAAUGGGGGGAGUGAGAGUGAGAGUGGGAGUGGGAGUUCGUGGUCGAGUUAUAGUGAUGAGUCGGGUGGUGAGGAGGGUGGGGUGCGGUUGAAGAGGGAUAAGCCGGAUGGGGAGAGUUUGGAGACGGAGAGGACUACGGAUGGGGAGGGGGAUGUCGAGAUGGGUGAUGCGGUUCUUGGAGAGGGAGUUGGGGGCAAGGGGAAGGAGAGGGAGGAGGAUAUGUCUGUUGCGAAACUGGAUGAUGUUGCAACGACUAUGGAACAUAAAGACUCGGAGAUGCAGACUGAUAUGCAGGUACCCGGUUUGUCGACUGCCGCGACGGUUGUUGGUUCUGCAUCUGUUUCUGGGACUGAACCAAGUGGUAGUGAGAGUGUGCAUACGAUGCAUUCAGGUACGAGUUGA